AUGGCUCUGAUGAAAUCUGGAUGGAUGUGGAGAAAAACCCCCAUGCUGAAGCGCUGGAAGCUCAACUGGUGUGACCUGUGGAUGGACGGCAGCCUUAUGUUCUACAAGUCAGACACACGCAAGGACUACAUCACACGCGUCUGCCUCAAGAACAGCUGCAUCAACGUCAAAUCAGGACUGGAGUGCACAGGAGUGACUCCGCCAGACAGCCAUCCCAAGGAGAACCUGUUGGUGGCCACGAUGAGAGAUGGCUCAGAUGUUGUCCUGUGUGCCAACAGCGAAGACGAGGCACUGGCAUGGAAACUUACCAUGAUGGAGGCCAGGAGAGCCACGGUUGUGGUGUAUGAUCCCGAAAGCGACACCUACCAGAGGCUUGAAGUGGACGGCCACAACAAUGUAUACAUUGCAUCUACUCAAGGAGGCCCAGGUACCCAUCACGUGUGGGUGCACCAUGACUCGUGUGGCUUAGGGGACGAUGGCUUUGGGGAGUCGGUGGCACUGGGGCUGCUAGCAGGGAUGGCAGCGGGCGCCGCCAUGCGCUCUUUCCUCUGGAUGCCCUUCUGGUUCUGCUAGGAAGGACUCCCUGCCUCGCCUCGCUCACUCACAGGACCAAGGGCCUGUACUAAGAAGCUGGUUCAGGAGUUAAACAGGUUAAGACAAUAAGGUUCUUAAGACAAUGAGGACUCCAGGCUCUUCUAUUAGGUGAUUUACCUCUUAACUUAACCUGGUUUACUCCUGAACCAGAUUCUUGGUAUACCCUCUUCAACACACCAAAGACUCCAGAUAGCACAGAGAUGGGUUAUGACCAGACAUUCCCUGGAACAGCAACUGCAUGGGAGUUUUGGAGGGCACCAAGAAAUCCCACUUCAUGCAGUCUGCGUAAAGGGGAGUUGGAGACCCACCCUCUCCUGCAA